AUGACGUCAUGGGCGGAGUUUAGUUGAAGAUCGAAUUCGGAUUCGGUUGGCGGGCGCGGCCAUCUUGGUGAAUUAGUGACCUGGCGAUUCGGUUUUAGUUAGUGAAAAAUCAUUUGUCAUCCACAAUGUCGGAAAGGGAAGAUAAUGUGUAUAAAGCUAAGUUAGCUGAGCAGGCUGAGCGCUAUGAUGAAAUGGUGGAGGCGAUGAAAAACGUAGCUUCGCGCAACGUAUCCGACAAUGAACUUACAGUGGAGGAGAGGAACCUGCUCUCCGUCGCUUACAAAAACGUAAUAGGUGCCCGCCGUGCCUCAUGGCGGAUCAUAUCCUCCAUUGAACAGAAGGAGGAGACCAAGGGAGCAGAAGGCAAGUUGAACAUGAUCAGGGCGUACCGCAGUCAGGUGGAGAAGGAACUCCGUGACAUCUGCUCAGACAUUCUCGGUGUCCUGGACAAGCACCUCAUACCCAGCUCACAGACCGGAGAGUCCAAAGUCUUCUAUUACAAAAUGAAGGGUGAUUACCACCGAUACCUGGCGGAGUUCGCGACCGGCAACGACCGCAAGGAGGCGGCCGAGAACUCGCUGGUCGCGUACAAGGCCGCCUCCGAUAUCGCCAUGACGGAACUGCCCCCCACCCACCCCAUACGUCUCGGCCUCGCGCUUAACUUCUCAGUAUUCUAUUACGAAAUUCUGAACAGUCCGGACCGCGCGUGUCGGCUCGCGAAAGCCGCCUUCGACGACGCGAUCGCCGAACUGGACACGCUGUCCGAGGAAAGCUACAAGGACUCUACGCUUAUCAUGCAGCUCCUGCGAGACAACCUCACGCUCUGGACCUCCGACAUGCAGGGCGACGGAGAGUCCGGUGAAACGGAACAAAAGGAACAGCCGCAAGACGUGGAGGAUCAGGACGUGUCGUAAUACUUUUUAACAUUCUAUUUAAAUAUAAUAAAAAAAAUAACUAUAGUAUCACGUAAGACCCAGCCCCCAAUGACAACCGGUUGUAUGGUACUCCUCCACACACCUCGCCCCCCGACGUAAAUUGUCAGUUCCAGCCCAGUUGUACACAACACGCAUAUUGUAUACAUGAUAACGUUUCGUUUAUGUAUCGUGUCAAAUUAUCUACGAGUUAUAUACAUUAAUGUGUACUUCUUUUGAUAUAUUUGUUUUCAAUUACGAAAAAAAAUAAUGUUUAAGAAAACGUACUUUGGUAUUGCAUUUUAACUGUAUGUGUAUUUUCAUAACUGUAACCACUCGAUGGAUCUCUCGCCGUCGCCUAGCGCGCUGCGCUGCGUCCAGCUAGUGCACUCAUUUCCGACUUCCGUGCGGCUACUUCUUAACGUGGGAAUUGUAAAUUUUCUAAGUAUUUUAUACCGUGUGUAAAAUUAAUGUAUUUAAAAACUCUGUUGAUACUUGAAACAAGCACCGUAGCGUCGAGGAUGUUUAAUGACAUAUACAAACAAAUAUAACGAUAUAAUAGUUGGAUACAUUAGCGAGUUGCGUAUCGUCACGUAUGUCGAUAUAGUGUUUACUUUGUAAUCGCAUCUCCGUGUUGAUUCGGUCUGCACAAAUAGUAGUUUUAUACAAUGGACGUUUAAUCUCGUGGCUAGGUUGUUGUUUUGAGACUGUUGCUAGUUUGUAUUAGUCGGUUCCGGAGCGGGGAGGCCCCGGCGCGGCCGCAGCCGGACGGUCUCUGCGAGCGAGUCUUCCGCGCCCUCGCUGCAUUUGUAUACAUUGAAUCAUUUAUUGAUAUAUUUUAAAGGAUAAACGUAACAUUAUUAGGGUGGUAAUGAUGUAGUAACUUGCAAUAUUUAGCUAAGUGAUAGCGGCGUCACCCUGUUGGUCUUUGUGUAUCUAUCUCGUAUGUAUCGUACAUGUAUGUAUUUAUUGCAAAGGAUAAGUUGGUGUACCUUGUGACUACUGUGUAGUACCCGCGCUCGCGAGUCGUCACUGCGCUCCGGCCCGUGGCCCGUGGCUGAGCUUAAAUAGAUUAAAGACAUGUCGAUGUACCCGCGCUUCGUUCGUUCGUAUUACAACAUUUGGAGUAUUCACAUUUGAAUUGCUUUAAUUACUUACGAGUAUUGUGAUAGAGAUUUUGUAUAUUUUAAUUUAUUUUUUUUAAUUUCGCAAGUUCUCGAAAAUUGCUGUAGCGCUACAUCUCUUACGAUUUUACAGGACAAACAGUAGUUCUAAAAGUUGUGCUAGGUUAAGGUAAUGCACUUGGGGAAAUUAUUUAUUUGAUGCGCGUCGCGGACGGCCGCGGCCGCGACAGUAAUGCCUACUCGAAGACAUUCCAUCUUCACGAUACCUGUUAACUCAAUAUCUGGCCGAUGUUCGCUGAACUCCAAAUUGUAGUGUGGCAUAGCGGCGUGGAGCAAGUGCGUGCCCGAGUAAGAUAUUAGCGUUAUUUUUAUUUGAAUUUGUAAUAUUGCAUAUAUUUUGUUAAUUUAUCCACAAAAAUACUAAUGCAAUUAGCCUUAGUGUUAUGCAAUAUUGAUUUAUGUCCUACCAACUACAUGGAAAUUUAUUGUAAAUGACAGUGUAAAUCUAAUAAUAAAAAUUCAAAAGUCCAUA